CUCAAAGUUGAAACAAGUUAGGAUUAUAUAGACCUUUCUCUCUCUAUAUUUUUCAAAUGCAAAUGGACCAGUCACGAUCGCAUGACGCCACCAAUUCCACUUGUUUCUCCGGCAUACUCCGCCGCCUCCUUUGCAGCGGCGCUCUCCCAACUCACCCUGCCGAUACCAUCGUCGUCGCCGGCGAUUCAAUCCCCAAAACUGAAAAAUGUGGAACCACUCCUGGAAUAGUUGCCAGACUAAUGGGUCUCGAUUCUUUACCAGAAACCGAUUCUAUUACAAGAAGAACAACCCUCGAAUCUAUUCUCCGAAGCAGGUCAGUCAAUUCAGUCAAUUAUAUCCCGGAAUUUGAUUUACUCCAGACCCAUCACCGGAGAGCCAAAACCUCUGUGUCUUUUCGAGAGAUUCCCACGUUUAUAAAUGAACCAAACCAUGAUUUCGUUGUCUUGUGUUUCGAGAGAGUGGGGGAGAUCAGUAAUGGAAAGAGAUUGAGUGAGAAAAAAUCUGUUCUUGAUAUGGGUUUUGAAACAGAGAUAAAAAAACAGAAGAAAGUUAAAACAGAGAGAAAACGAAAUCAAGAUGCUGUUAAGGCUAAAAGUUCUGAGAAGCUGGUGAAGAAAAGGAGGAAGAAGAAGAAGAAAACAGGAAAUCAAACAAGACCCGUUUCAGUUCUUCAACAGGAACCAAGAUUAUCAGAGAGAUCAAGAAAACCAGUUUCUAGUUCAAGGAGAUCAUCAAGAGGAGCAAGGAAAGAUGAAGAGUUUGAUUAUUUCAGUAGUAGAAGGAGUCAAGAAGAAGGAGAAGACAAAUCAAUGAAAUCAAAGGAGGGGUGGGAUGAGAAUCAUGUGAAGUUGGUUGAGCAGAUUCAGAGUUUGUCUGAUGAACACAUUGAGCGUGAUUCGCAAUGGGCUGAUAAAAGAUUUGAAGAAGAAGUUGAAGAAAUCUGCUAUGAAUUUGGUCAAGAUUUACUUGAUCACAUGUUUGAGCAGGUUGUUGAUGAACUUUGUAGAAUCUGUAUGGACUACAACUCCAACUCUUUACUUUAAUUAAUUAAGCUAGUUAUGUAAUUUAACUAAGUUCUUAUGCUCUCUUUGAUUAUGAGCUUAUUGAUAGAUAAGUA